AUGCAUCGUCGGUUGCUGUUCCUCUUAUCGGUUACUUUUAUUUUUGUAACCACACCCAAGGUAACAUGUGGACCAGAAAAAAUAAGCAUUCAAGGCCAAACUGAAGAUAUUUUCGAAGGCACUGUGUUUAUCAAAAAUUGGAGGCGAACAGCUGGUUGUUCCACAACUUAUUCAGUCGCCAUUAAUAGCACAAAUCCAUCGUUUUCAAUACCGUUGGAUAGAUUAGCUCAAUGUGGACUGGAGCUCCGAAGAACUGCAACAUCCAAAGAAUUGGAAAUUUUUACAAUUUUUGUGUUCAGUUUUCAUCCAAAUUUUGUAACAGCUGGAGAUCGUUCAUUUGCCGUCCAUUGUAUAUUUGUACAGCAGCAAAUGACCGUAGCCACCAAAUUUAACUUCAUAUCCGAUAUAUCAACUAAGGGAAUAAUAUCCGGUAAAGCUGAAGCACCUAAAGUAGAAAUGCUGAUUCAACCAGAUUCAGACACUCAGUCAAGAAAUGUCGUUAAAGUCGGCGAAAAACUUCUAUAUAUUUGGAAAAUUAGCAAAGAAACAGAAAUCUAUGGCUUACGCGUUCAUCAAUGCUUUGCCGAAACUCAAGACGGUAGAAGGAUGAAGGUGAUGAAUGACGGAUGUUCAGUUGAUAAUGAUCUUAUUACACAUCCAAAAUAUGCAGAAAACAACGCCAAGGCAUUUGCAAAUGGCCUUGCGUUCAAGUUUCCGGAUGCUGAAGAUAUAACAAUAACAUGUGUAGUACAGACAUGCAUACAAAAGUUUGAGCAUUUAAUUGCUGCCGACGACAAAAACCUUUGUGAUUCCAUGCCGCAAUGUAAUAAGCGUUCAAAACGAUCAGUUGACAGUAAAAACGGCACUGUAGAAGUGUAUUCCAUGGAUAACCUCGUCCACCACAGACUACGGGUUAUUGAUGCUUCAAGUUUGCCACUAUUCAUGAGUAAGUUAAAUUCAUAUCUAACAAGUCAAAUCCAAUUCCAACACCCCAAAAUAAAAUGA